AUGAACCAGCCACAGAGGAUGGCGCCCGUGGGCACGGACAAGGAACUCAGUGACCUCCUGGACUUCAGCAUGAUGUUCCCGCUGCCCGUGGCCAAUGGGAAGGGCCGGCCCGCAGCCCUGGCUGGCACGCAGUUCGGAGGCCCAGGUCUCGAGGCCCGGCCCGGCCCAGGCUCCUGGGGCGCCAGCGACCAGGACGGCGACGCCAGCCGGACCUAUGGCGACGGUGCGCACUUCGGGGAGCCCCCCGGCAGCCUGUCUUCGUCCACAUUUCCGGGACCAGGCCUUGGAGGUAAGAGUGGCGAGCGGAGUGCAUAUGCCCCGUUUGGGAGAGAGACGGGCGGCGGCAGCUUGACUCAGCCAGGCGCGUCGGCAGGCCCUGGGCGCGCGCCUCACCUCUCUCUGCCCACAGGCUCCCGUGGGACCACGGCCGGCAGCUCUGGGGACGCCCUCGGGAAGGCGCUGGCCUCGAUCUACUCCCCGGACCACUCCAGCAAUAACUUCUCAUCCAGCCCCUCCACCCCCGUGGGCUCCCCCCAGGGCCUGGCAGGGUCCCCGGAGGAGGUGGCCCCAGGCCAGUCCUCUAAAGCCAUCGCCUGUGACCAGGCCCAGAACAAGAUGGAGGACCACCUCGACGAGGCCAUCCACGUGCUUCGCAGCCACGCCGUGGGCACGACUGGCGACUUGCACGGGCUCCUGCCCAGCCAUGGGGCGCUGGCUUCAGGCUUUGCGGGCUCCGUGGCACUGGCUGGGCGCCCCGCUGGCCUGGUUGGCGGCGGCCACUCGGAGGACGGCCUCGCUGGCAGCGCCGGCCUCAUGCACAACCACGCCACCCUCCCCAGCCAGCCCGGCGCCCUUCCUGAUCUCUCGCGGCCACCUGACUCCUACAGCG